AUGUGCUUCGGCGGCGACGAAUACCAGUACGAAACUAGGGUUGAAGUCCGCAAUGGCGAGCGCCAGUUAGUCAAGACCUAUCUCCCACGCCAUGGCAUGUCCCGCCGCCGCAGGUACGGAUUCGGUGGCCCUUACUACCCUUCACGAUAUUACGCUCGUCCGCCUUCAGGCCGCUACAUAAACAGGGAGCUCGCCUAUCUGGAUCGUUACCCCAAUGUACCGCUGUCUCAAGACUUUGUUAGAGAUGUGUAUCGCAGAUCCUACUCUGGAUAUGGAUAUGGCACGGGAUAUCACGUUGGAGCUCGCGCUGCUAUGCCGACUCGUUACUCAAUGCAUCGCAGCCCCCAACACCUCCAUCACUUCCCAAAUUCUCAUACGCCCAUUGCCGCAAUGGAGGCAUAUCCGAAGCCUCGCCACCAGUACAUCUACACCCCCCGCUACGGGCAACGCGGCAUCCUCAGCUAUGCGGGUCAAGCUCCCAACGGCGCAGCACCCACGGGCGUAAUCGGCAGUGCCUAUGCCUACGGAGUUGGCUACCCAGCAGCAGCAGUAGCAGCAGCGACCUGUCAACCUGUGGUAUACAACACUCGCCCCUUCUACGGUCCCACCUACCUCUACCCCUACUACAACCCUGGCUACACUUACUACAACUCCAACCUCUACGGCUGCAUAUACCCCCUUGCUAACUUCUACUUCCCCUACCAGCGGUCCUACUACAACACUGUGCCCACCUACGGCUACACAGCGCACGUCUAUCCCCCGGGCCAUGCUACGACGACAACAACAACAUACCACGUAACCAACGCCCAAGCCCCCGUGUACGCCUCACCCACUGCCCAGCUCCUACGCGAAACCCGGCCAGCAUACGCGCACGGCCACGCUUACACGCCGCAAGCCCCAACCCGUGAGGAGAUUCAGCUCGAGAAUCGCCGCAUUGCCACGCAGCGUGGGGCGUAUGAUGCACGCAAGAUUCGGCCGGCAGAUGCCCGCGAUGACGACCCGUUUUGGUGCCGCGAGGUGAAUGGCGAGUGGCAUUUGCGGUCGUAUUAUCAGAUUGAGAAUGAGUGUCAUCCUGGAAGGUGGAUGAUGGAUGCUGAGAUUGGGUUUUUGGUGUUUCAUCGGGCGUAGGUGAGGGCUUGUGAGUGUGGUGUGGAGGUAUUGGUCAGAUUAUGUGGAAUGGGG